ACAUUAUUUAAUAUUUAAUCAAUCAACGUAUAAAGAUAUUUUUUUUCGUUUGUCAAAAUAUCGAUUCGUUUAGUUUUUAUUUAUUUAUGGAGAUGUCGAAACCAUCCCUUGCAUUGGUUUGUAUUGGCACGAUUUUUCUUUUGACGACACCAGUCUACGCGACAGGAGUCCAGCUACCUGCCGUCUAUCCACUAGUCAACAUCUUGCUGCCUCUCCUCAACAACGUCUACAACCUCCUGCUUUCACUGCUCUCGAUCUUCGACACCCUACCCCCUAGCAUUAGCUGCAUUAUCCCGGUCGACUUGGGAGCUUUAGAGACAUCGUUACUCAAACUUUACUCCCAAGCUUUGGCCAUCGUGAACUUCUUACGAUCCUUACCCGAAUAUGCGAUCGGGGCCAAUCCUAACACACCGCCAGCGAAUGUGCUUAAUUUGCAAGGCUUGCUGAGUACGUUAGUGAAAACAAUAACGGAAUUGGCUGAAGAUCUCCUCAUCGGAAUCGGUGGAGGGCUUUUACCAGGACUGCUUCAACUGGUCGUGUUAUUAGUUGAAGCUUUAUUGAGCUUAUUGAUUUAAGCAUUGUCGAUCGACACGAAACGCCCCAAGAGUCGAAGCGCUCUGCAGUCGUCAGCCCAGAACCCAAAAUCGAAGAUUGCGAAGCGUUAUCUUUUAAAUAAAGGUUUUUUGUUUCA